GCCAGACCCAAUCCUCCUCUUUCUAGCUGGCUGGCUCCGUCUUACCUGUCCUUCUCUCCUCACUCCCUCACUCAACCUGCACCCAGCCCCUAAAGACGAGGAGCAGUUUAGGCUGUGGCUGAAGGCGCUGAACCUCAAGUGCCCACCUAAGCGCCCGUAUGUGUGCUCGUUUGAUUUCGUGGACGGGAAGCCGACAGAUGAGUACCCUUACCCCGAGAAAUGGCUCGGCUAUGAUGCUCCAGUAAAGAAGCCCCUGCUCUGUAGAGGUUCUCAGAUAUGGAUGCAUCAGUGAGAGUCAGCGAAGCAGUGGACAACUGCGAGGAGGACCAGAUUGCCAUGCCCACACGCUGCGAUGUGGAAACUCAGUGGGAGGAUCUGCGCGUCUCUGACCACAGCUAUGGUUUAAAAGCAUCGCUCCACCUGAAGCCACUGACAUACGAUAUCGGAACACGGUGCGCUGAGCCAGCUGCGUUGUAGAGAUCAAAGAGAUCGUCGUGGACGUCAGGAGAGGCCGACAGCAGCACCUCCCACUGACCAUCAACGGCGCUGCUGUGGAGAGGGUGAGCAGUACCAAGUUCCUGGGACUGCACAUCUCUGAUGACCUCUCCUGGACAAACAACACUGCAUCGCUGGCCAAGAAGGCUCAAAAACGGCUCUACUUCCUCCGUAAACUGAAAAAAGCACAAGUCCCACCCCCCAUCAUGUUCUCCUUUUACAGAGGCACCAUCGAGAGCGUCCUCACUGGCUGCGUCGCUGUGUGGUUUGGCGGCUGUACUGCCUCCUGCCAAAAGACUCUGCAGCGCAUAGUGAACACAGCCAGCAAGAUCAUCGGUGUUCCUCUGCCCUCCCUCACAGACAUUUUCCACACCCGCCUCACCUGCAGAGCCGUCAGCAUCGCUGGUGACACCUCCCACCCCUACCACUCCCUCUUCAGUCUCCUGCCUUCAGGGAAAAGGUACCGGAGCCUCCGGGUCCGCUCCACCAGACUGUUGAACAGUUUUUUUCACCAGGCUGUCAGGAUGCUGAACUCCUCUCACUACCUCCCUCCUCUGCCCCCUGGACUUUGACUUUAACCAACACACACACACACACACACACACACACACACACACACACACACACACACACACACACACACACACACACACACACACACACACCAGGACUGAAGAGGGACACACGAGCAGCUUCUUCUCUCCACAUGAAGGUGUAAAGUGUGUAUGCUGACCUGGACUCACUUCAACAGGUGGAGGCUCUGCUAUGAAUCAGUGUGAGGACGGAGAGGAGGGAGCCCCUCCCUCUAAAAGCACUCUGUGUGGGGAACAUGAAGCUCAGAGGCCAGAGCAGCGACACAGACCAGACCCACCUGGACCUGGACCUGGACCUGGACCUGGACCUGGACCUGGACCUGGACCCAGCUGUGUGUCCUUUAGGAGUGAUUGGUCUAAGGAUAUAAUUUUUAACUUCAAAGAUGGCCGUCAGUCUGAUGGUCCAAAAGUCCAACAUCAGAAACCAGACUCUCCUGGACCUGGACCCAGCUGUGUGUCCUUAAAGAGUGACUUCUCUAUGGGUCGAUGGAUUAAUUUCAAGUCUGUAGAGCUGAGUGCUGAUGAAAGAGUUCAGAGAUCAGAGGCUCCCAUUGGUCAGUCUGCCCAGCAGCAUCAAACACAGCUGGACUCCAUAUCGAUGCUGCUCCAGGAGAACAUCAUCAGUUUUGUAAAGACCGAGAUGAAGAAGAUCCAGAGAGUUCUGAGUACAGACUACCCAGAAUGCUUAGCGAGUCAGAGUGAGGAUGAAGAGCAGAGGAGGAGUAGAGAGGCCUUUCUGGAGAUCACUCUGCACUUCCUGAGGAGAAUGAAGCAGGAGGAGCUGGCUGACUGUCUGCAGAGCAGAACUGUUGCUGCAGAGUGCAGACGUAAACUGAAGUCUCACCUGAAGGAGAAGUUCCAGUGUGUGUUUGAGGGGAUCGCUAAAGCCGGAAACCGAACCCUUCUGAAUCAGAUCUACACAGAGCUCUACAUCACAGAGGGAGGGACUGGAGAGGUCAAUGAUGAACAUGAGGUCAGACAGAUUGAAGCAGCAUCCAGGACACCACACAGACCAGAGACCACCAUCAGACAAGAAGACAUCUUUAAAGGCUCACCUGGAAGAGAUCAACCAAUCAGAGCAGUGCUCACAAAGGGAGUGGCUGGCAUCGGGAAAACAGUCUUAACACAGAAGUUCACUCUGGACUGGGCUGAAGACAAAGACCACCAGGACAUCCAGUUCACAUUCCCCUUCACUUUCAGAGAGCUGAAUGUGCUGAGAGAGAGAAAGUUCAGCUUGGUGGAACUUGUUCAUCACUUCUUUACUCAGACCAGAGAAGCAGGACUCUGCAGGUUUGAAGAGUUCCAGGUUGUGUUCAUCUUUGACGGUCUGGAUGAGUGUCGACUUCCUCUGGACUUCCACAAUAAUCAGGUCCUGACUGAUGUUACAGAGUCCACCUCAGUGGAUGUGCUGCUGACAAACCUCAUCAGGGGGAACCUGCUCCCCUCUGCUCGUCUGUUGAUAACCACACGACCUGCAGCAGCCAAUCAGAUCCCUCCUGAGUGUGUUGACAUGGUGACAGAGGUCAGAGGGUUCACUGACCCUCAGAAGGAGAAGUACUUCAGGAAGAGAUUCAGAAAGAGGAAGCAGGCCAGUAGAAUCAUCUCUCACAUCAAGACAUCCCGAAGCCUCCACAUCAUGUGCCACAUCCCGGUCUUCUGCUGGAUCACUGCUACAGUUCUGGAGGAUGUGCUGAAGACCAGAGAGGGAGGAGAGCUGCCCAGGACCCUGACUGAGAUGUACAUCCACUUCCUGGUGGUCCAGUCCAAACUGAAGAGCAUCAAGUACGAUGGAGGAGCUGAGACUGAUCCACUCUGGAGUCCAGAGAGCAGGAAGAUGAUCCAGUCUCUGGGAAAACUGGCUUUUGAUCAGCUGCAGAAAGGAAACCUGAUCUUCUAUGAGUCCGACCUGACAGAGUGUGGGAUCAAGAUCAAGGAAGCCUCAGUGUACUCAGGAGUGUUCACACAGAUCUUCAGAGAGGAGAGAGGACUGUACCAGGACCAGGUGUUCUGCUUCAUCCACCUGAGCGUUCAGGAGUUUCUGGCUGCUCUUCAUGUCCAUCUGACCUUCACCAAGUCUGGACUCAACCUGAUGGAAGAAGAACAAAGAUCAUUCAGAGGCAAACCUGAACCAAAGAGUCUCUACCAGUGUGCUGUGGACCAGGCCUUACAGAGUCCAAACGGACACCUGGACUUGUUCCUACGCUUCCUCUUGGGUCUUUCACUGCAGACCAAUCAGACUCUCCUGAGAGGUCUGCUGACACAGACAGGAAGUAGCUCACAGACCAAUCAGAAAACAGUCCAGUACAUCAAGAAGAAGAUCAGUGAGGAUCUGUCUGCAGAGAGAAGCAUCAACCUGUUCCACUGUCUGAAUGAACUGAAUGAUUGUUCUCUAGUGGAGGAGAUCCAACAGUCCAUGAGAUCAGGACGUCUCUCCACAGAGAAACUGUCUCCUGCUCAGUGGUCAGCUCUGGUCUUCAUCUUACUGUCCUCAGAGAAAGAUCUGGACGUGUUUGACAUGAAGGAAUACUCUGCUUCAGAGGAGGCUCUGCUGAGGCUGCUGCCAGUGAUCAAAGCCUCCAACAAAGCUGUGCUGAGUGGAUGUAACCUGUCAGAGAGAAGCUGUGAAGCUCUGUCCUCAGUCCUCAGCUCCCAGUCCUCCAGUCUGAGAGACCUGGACCUGAGUAACAAUGACUUGCAGGAUUCAGGAGUAGAUCUGUUGUCUGCUGGACUGAAGAGUCCUCACUGUAAACUGGAAACCCUCAGUCUGUCAGGAUGUCUGAUCACAAAGACAGGCUGUGCUUCUCUGGCCUCAGCUCUGAGCUCCAACCCCUCCCACCUGAGAGAGCUGGACCUGAGCUACAACCAUCCAGGAGACUCAGGAGUGCAGCUGCUGGAGGAUCCGCUCUGCAGACUGGAUACACUGAGGGUGGACCAUGGUGGAGAGCAGAGGUUAAAACCUGGACUAAAGAAGUAUGUCUGUGAACUCACUCUGGACUCAAACACAGUACACAGAGGGCUCAGACUGUCUGAAGACAACAGGGAGGUGACACAUGUGGGAGAGGAUCAGUCAUAUCCUGAUCAUCCAGACAGAUUUGACUCCUAUCGUCAGCUGCUGUGUAGAGAUGGUCUGACUGGUCGCUGUUACUGGGAGGUCGAGUGGAGAGGAGGGGUUUAUAUAUCAGUGAGUUACAGAGUAAUCAGAAGGAAAGGAAACAGUCCUGACUGUCUGUUUGGAUCUAAUGAUCAGUCCUGGAGUCUGUUCUGCUCCGAUGAACAUUACUCUGUCCGUCACAAAAAGAGAAGAACAGUCCUCCCUCUCUCCUCAUCCUCCAUCUCUCACAGAGUAGCAGUGUAUGUGGACUGUCCUGCUGGCACUCUGUCCUUCUACAGAGUCUCCUCUGACUCUCUGAUCCACCUCCACACCUUCAGCACCUCCUUCACUGAACCUCUGUAUCCUGGGUUUUGGUUGUCUUCUGGUUCCUCAGUGUGUGUGUGUUCUGUGUAGUAGGGAGAGUCUCCUCCUCUCUACACAAACACUACACACACACAGCUGCCGAAGAACAGUUUACCCUCUGCACUAACACACACACACACACACACACACACACACACACACACACACACACACACACACACACACACACACACACACACACUUCAGCUGAUCAUGUGACUGUUUCUGUCACAUCAGCAUGAAUGUCUGUUAUCAAAGAGCAGGACUCAGUGGAAAACUGGCUCACUGAACUUUACUUAUUUACAUCUCUAUUGUGAAAACAUCCGGCCUUGUUCAAACUUUGUUUCUUCAAUGUAGUGAUAAGAAAGUUUGUCAGAAAGUCUGAGUCAGAUUGAUGAAACUGUUCUUCACCUACAGAGUUCAAUUUAACUUUGAAAGAAUAUAAAACCUAUACAAAUAACUCUGUGCAUAUUUUACAUACAGCUAAGAAAAUGUGUGCAAAAGGUCAGUCGUUCUGAAUUCUGCUGCAGACGACUUUUAUUUUGAUGGACCCAAAGUUUGGCACGCAGGAGUCACAGAGCCACACCUCACUGUUCAGAGUGAUGCAGCUGGUCUGAAAAGAAGUAUCUGUAUUCCCUCACCAUCCCAAGACAGUCCAGCUGCAGACCUCCACUCUGAGAUCCCCUCCACCGUCAGAAGGAAGUGACGUCAGGAUUAAGAGAGUGGAGGUCUGCAGCUGGACCCCUCUCAGUUUUCCUGCGUUUUGAUCACCUUGGUUACCUGAUUCCUCAACAGUGUUACAUUGAAAAAACAAAGUAUAAAAUGCACGUCAUCAAUAACACAACAUAAAUUGGUGGGCACCUCCGUUCUCCUCAUUGGCAGCAAAUCCACUCUAUCCAAAUCCAACAGCUUCUCCCUCACUAUUGAUAACUCAUCUAUCUCACCCUCCCCCAGGUUAAGAGUCUGGGUGUCAUCCUUGACAGCACACUAUCCUUUCAAUCGCACAUCAAAAACAUCACCCUACUUCCACUUUCGAAACAUCAAUCGUCUCCGCCCCUCCUUCACCCCCCACACUGCUCCCAUCCUUGUCCACAGCCUUGUCACUUCCGGUCUGGACUACUGCAACUCUCUCCUCCUCGGCCUCCCUCACAAAUCCCUCCAUAAACUCCAACUGGUCCAGAUUUCAGCUGCCGGUAUCGUUACCUGAACCCCCUCCAUCCACCACAUCACUCCUGUCCUCCAACAGCUCCACUGGCUCCCUGCUCAGUUCCGUAUUCCUGUUAACAUUCAAGACCAUC